AUGUCAGAAGACGAGCAAGCUUUCUCCAACCCACCUUCCCCACUCUACCUCGACUCCUCCCCCAUCGACGACUCCCAACCAAGCGAAACCUCCACCAACUCCGGCUCCAGAUCCCCCUCCACCAACUCCGACUCCGGCUCUGAGGUUUACGCACAAGAAGACCUCUCCAAACUCGAAUACCACCUCUCCCCCGAGAGCGACAUUCCCCUCCCCGACCAGCUCGGCGCCAUGACAGCCCACUUGAAUACUGUCCUCCAUCAACAUUCCGACAUGUCGCGAAAAGAGCGCAGGGAGCUCAUUCUUAGUAAGGUCGAGAGUAGCCUGUCGCGCGCGGGGAUCGAAGGGCUCGAGGUGGAUCUGCAUUGGGCCGAUUCUGAUGAUGAUGGAUCGGGGGAGGAUGAGGAUGAAAGACGAGGUCGAAGCCCUCGCCGCAGGGGAAGCUUUAGCCUGGUGGAAGAAGAAGAAGAAUGA